CCCACUCUCUCUCUCUCUCUCUCUCUCUCUCUCUCUCUCUCUCUCUCAGUGCGUGUUCAGGCUUGUAUUCAGGGCGGGGUCCACUGAUCUGCUCUAGCUCUCUGAAUGUAGUCAGAUUGCUGUCAGGUUUGUCAUCUCAGAAGCAGAUGGGAAUGAUCAGACACCGACUCUCUUGUGCACUGAGCUGUUCUGCGUGUUGAUCAUGUGUUUUCUGUGGUUUCACCCGUUCAGUGUGUUCCAGCGGCUCUUCUCCAGGCACUCCCCUGGUGUCACUCAUGGCGGGGAAGAGACGCUGGUGUUUUUUGAUCUGGAAACUACAGGCCUGAACACCUCUGAAUGUGAUAUAGUUCAGCUGUCAGCCAUCAGUGGAGAGAGGAUCUUUAAUGUCUACAUUUUACCUCGCUGCCCUAUAGACUACGGUGCCUCCAGAGUUACAGGCCUGACCAUACGCAGCAGGAAACUGCUUCUAGAUGGACAGCAAGUGCAAACGGUCCCAUUAAGAGAGGCUCUUAAUUUGUUCAUCUCCUUCCUUAAAACCUUCAGCAGACCAGUUCUGGUGGGCCACAACUGUAAACGGUUUGACUGUCCAAUUCUGCUGCGAAUCAUGACCGAGUUUAAUCUGCUGAAGGAGUUUCAGGAUGUGGUGUCAGCUUACCUGGAUACAUUGCUGCUCAGUAAGCAGAUGUUUAUGCUCCAGAAGUAUUCUCAGCCCUUCCUGGUCCAGCAUUUCCUCCAAAAAUCCUACAGAGCUCAUGACGCUACAGAGGAUGUGCGAGCUCUACAGGAGCUCUUUAGAGUCUGGAGGCCAAGCACAGACCUGGUAAAUGAGCACAAGUUUAUCUAAUAGCUCAAAUAAGUCAGGGGAGUUUGGGGUCAGUUAUAAAAGGGACCAGUUGUAUUACUCGCAAUUGCUUCAAUCAGGAAUACGCUUAUAGUGAUGACAAAAGUCAAAAUUUUGUUGCAUGAAAGUCAUUUUCUUCAUCUGGAGAACAUUUUGAAUGAUGGGUUCAUCUUCUAUGCAAAACAGGCUAGUUUUAAUCACUAUCUACAGUGGUGCUUGAAAGUUUGUGAACUCCUAGGAAUUUUCAAAUGAGAUGAAAAUAUCAUACUUUAAGGAAAAUUAUUCAAUAUGACAUGUAUGUGAACCUUUGCGUUCAGUAUCUGGUGUGACCCCCUUGCGCAGCAAUAACUGAAGCAAAACGUUUCCGGUAACUGUUGAUCAGUCCUGCACGUCGGCUUGGUGGAAAUUCUAAAGGGUUCACAAACUUUCAAGCACCACUGUAGUUUGAUGAUAACUAACAAUGCUGAGCUGGUUAGUUAACCAUAUGGACAGUUAUCAGAUUUCAAGAUAGUUUAAUUUUUAAAUAUAUUUAGCAAAACUCAAAAGAGAGUCCACGUAGCUGAGAAACGGUUACCUUACCGAAAAACUUCGUAGACCCGAGUCAUGACACACUCAGUUGUCUCCACCCCUUGGACUCUUGGCUCGACUUACACCCAAGUAGGAGACGUUGGAUCAGGUGUGCACCACCCCAUGGACCUUUUGUUCUGAAGUGUGGGAUACUUGCAUUUUUUAAAAAUUAUAAGAUUUACAAAAAUAUGAUAAAUAUUAAAUAAACUGACCCCACUCACCUAAGAUUUUAGUUUGAGAGCUAUUAAUAACACCUAAAGUCAUAUUUACAGCUGCAUGUAUUCUGCUGUAUGAUGGUUUUGAAAUUGUUUCCACCAACAAGUGGCACAUUUAUAUAAAAAUGUUAUAUAAAUAAGUGAGGAAAAUAUUUUACCACUAAAGAUAUUUUUAACAAAUCACUCAAUAAUGCAUUUGAAUUUUUUUAAUGUUCCAUUUAAUUUUUUUAAAACAGUCUUAAGGAACGGAUUCCUUUUACAAGAAUUUGAACGACAUUUUUGUAACAUGUAUAAAAGUUCUCUUCACCUUCCAGCAGCUGGGAAUAAAAUACUUGCUGAGUCAAAGCUCAAGUCUGUGGAGAAAUGA